GUAUCUGUCGACUGUAAAUCACCUUAUCUGAAAAACAUUUUGGAAUUAACCGUUUAACGCUACAGAAAUGUCUUUAAUAGGAGAAUCUUAUCUAUACUAUCUAACGACUAUUUGUCUCGGACACGAAUUGCGCAAUUAAAAUACCAAGGAAAACGGGAAAUACAUUUAUCUUGCUUUUUCAUAUUUGAAUAAAUUAGACAUUUUGUUGCAACAUGGAAAAUAUUUUUUUUAUUUAAUUAUCUACAUAAUGAAAAGGGAACAUUUAAUUUCCUUGUCAAUAAGAUUAGUUGUUCUUGUUUUCUUUUCAUGUAACAGUUAACUUGGGUACAGCAGAUAGUUCACGAUGGCAGAUAAUCCUCGAAAUGACAUUGAAAAUGAAGAUCAAAAUCAAAAUGCACCGCCAGUUAAAGUAGAUGAUGUUGAUAUUGAUGAUGAUGAGAAUAACAGAAGGAAGAGUAAGGAAGCCACUGAUUACACGAAUCAAGCAAAUAAACUUCGUGUACUGCUGAGGCUUAACUUCUAUUCAGCAUUCAAAUUAAAGGGAAACACAUGGAACUUCCAUCUUAUUUACUGUUUCCUCUUCUUGGUGCAAAUCAUAAAAGUAGCCCUACUUACAAGCCAGAUGAUUUACUUUGGAAAUGACCGAGGAAACUUUAGUUCAGUUGUCAACAGAGGCGAUCUUGCCCUUCGACAUCUUCUUUUAGAAAAUUGGGAUGCAAGCUGGGAAACACUGCCAUAUCCUCCUGCACAAGGUGACUUUGCCGUGUAUACGAUUGAUGAUCUUGAGAGUGGUAUUAACUACGCUGUUAAAAACUAUUAUAACGCAGAAAGAGAAGCCAUUGGGUACUAUGUUCGAACAGCAGACGACAAAAUGACAGCAACAAUGAAAUAUUUUGACUUUCCCGGUUUUCAUGGUGCGAGUAUUGGAGAAGGAAUAACCAUAUCUGAGAUAACGUUUCCAAUUGACAAAGGGCUGUCUGCAGAAGUAACGCAACAAAAUAAGACAGUGUACAGUUAUAAUAUCACCCGUGAAUUUGAUCAUCACAAUGUGUCACAACCAAUUAAAAGGAUGUUGUCAACAACACUUCGCUUUAAGCUUCAUUCCGUACGUUCACACGACAGCAGCAGGAAAGCCACAUGUCUACGAAUAGAGGGCUCGGUGGAAUUUGUUAAUCUGGACAAUAAUGGUCAAGUGUUAAUUGACCUUGAUACAAAAGCUAGAAGAAUAAAGUGUAAAAACAUGAAUCUACCUUUGUCAGACUGGCAACUAGAAAAUACUUCAAAAGAGAUCGGGACUUCGGUGAUUGUACUUUGCAGUAUAUCAUUAUUAUCGACCACUGCCACUAUGGUUUUUGCUGCUUAUACUUUAUUGAGAACUAAGCAGUUUAUGAAGAAGCACUAUCAGACAUACUUCAGGGUUGUAGAUAAGGAUGAGACGGACCUGCCAGCGUCAGAGUACUUCCGGUUUUUGAAAUUCUGGGAUAUAAUCGUUAUUAUCUCUGAUAUAUUGACUAUAUUCGGCACACGCUGGAUAAUAUCUAAAACAAGGCAAAGUGAAUUGGAGCUGGAGUUGCUAGAUUCCUACACCGUAUGGUUAGGAGUCGGUUGUGUACUAACGUGGCUAAGCUUGCUUAGAUUCUUCCAGUUUCAUAAUAAAUUUCAUCUGCUAUUUAGUACACUAUACAAAGCAUUUUGGGAUGUGAUUGCAUACCUUAUUUGUGUAGGUGUGUUAUUUGUCGGGUUCUGGGUUUCUGGGUACGUUGUUAUGGGACCGUACCAUGUCAAGUUCCAAACUCCGGAAGCAGCCGCAGAGACACUGUUUGCUGUUGUUAACGGCGACGAAAUAUACGCUACCUUAGCAAUAAUAGAGUGGGAUAAAAGCGGGGGACACUGGGUUUGGUGGUUUUCAAGAUUCUAUCUCGGAGCUUAUGUCGCAAUAUUUACUAUUGUUGUUAUCAACCUCCUCAUAGCUCUCUUCAUGAGUGCCUAUGAUUCUAUUAAGACAUACAAUAAUGACGAACCGGAUGAACGAGAAUUGGGUCCGAUGGAGGAAGCUUUGCGCCGAGUUCUAAUUCAAGACGGCGAGGAUAGUAAUCUGCGGAGCUCAAUAUAUGACCUUAUGAAUGACAGUACACCCCUGACACCAGAAUUAAACUCACUAAGAACUGAACUUUCAAAAAUUGUUUAUGUUUCUAAAAGCAGCAAGAAAGACGUGUUGCUUCUAAAGCCGAGGACUUUGAAAGCGUUUAUGGAAGAUGAGGAGCACAAAAUAAAGAUAUUUAAAUGCGGAUUUCUGAGCUGCGCCUUCAUUUCUUUCUUUUGUGAUCAGAAUACAAAAGACGAUGAACAGAAACAAAAAUACUAUUUUUAACAAUCAGACAGUUACACAUACUCUAUGAUACGAUGACAGUGAUAUUGACUUUCAUCUACAUUUAGUCAUUCUUUUAAGUAAUUAUUCUAAAAUUUAGUUAAAGACCUUUUCAUCAUAACCUAACAAAGGUGGUUACGGAAACGGAACUCUUACGGAAAAAGGAAUCCACCCCAAGCUGUAGCGAUUUGGAUUCUAGUACUACUGUAUGUGUAUUUAAAUUCGCGGAAGCAAAUUUUCGCGGAAAGGUCCACUUUGGGGGUCUAUACAAAUAUUCGCGCUAUUUUGAAUUCGCGGAGGUGACUGCCGAAAAUCAUAAAUUCGCGUUGACCACUCAGGUUAAAAAAUAGGGAAAAUUACUGUGAUCAUCACGGGAGUUCACAGUUAUUUUCAAUACCAGGUGUCAAACAACACGCUAUUGUAAAAAAAAAAGACAUUGUCUAGCGGACAGAUUGUAACAAAACAAAAGAAUGCCUGUUAACUUGCAUAAUUUUUCACAGUUUGCGUCAUAAACGUCUUGACAACUGAUCAGAUCAUGUUUUUUUUUUUUUCUGAACAAACGAUACAAAAAAACAAAAACAUAAACGAUUUUAAAUGAUAAAUAACUUAGAUAACAAACACAAUUACUCAGUAAACAUUUAAAUAAAAAGUGUGAAAGCAUAUCACACACCGAUAUACAUUGUUCUAUAGAAGCGCGAAAAUAUGACUAUUGAGAAAUUAUUGGUGUAGAAAUAUUCGCGCUAAACAUGAAUUCGCGGAUCGAAUGUCACCGCGAAGAUCGCGAAAAUUUGAAGCCCGCGAAUAUUUCUACACAUACAGUAUUA